AUGCACGUUACAGAGAAUAAUAUUGAUGUCAGCGCAGUGGUGGUUUCAGAGGUGAAUCUGAUGGAGAACAAUGUUGAGUGGGUCGUUGACACUGGCGCUUCUAGAUAUUUCUAUGCAACGAAGGAGUUUUUCAUCGAGUUUGAGGAUAGGGACGAAGGUGAAUGUGUGUAUAUGGGAAACUCCAAUAGCUCUGAAGUUAUGGGCAAAGUGGGUUUACCUGACUUGAAGAAGUUCACAAUCGGACCUAAAACCAUUGAUGCAGUGUUUAUAAGGAAAAAAUCGGGUAUUCGGGUACCUGAAAUAUGGGUAUCCGCAAAAUCCGAAUACCCGAUUAUCGAGUACCCACAACAUCCAGGUCGGGACACGGGCCGAGAAAUCAAUUACCUGAAGAUCCGGGUACCCGGAUUUGCACACCCCUACCGAUGUGCAUGGAAGCUUGACAAGAUAAAAGUGAUUAUCGAAACAAAUAGCAGCGAAGCUGUCAAGCUGAUUGAGGAAGGAACCUCAACAGGAGGUCAACUAAGCCUGGUGCAUCGGAUAAAGCUCUUACUACAGCAAGAAUGGAGAGUGACUUUAAAACAAAUCCCAAGAGAAAGGAAUAAGGUGGCGGAUGCCCUUGCCAGCUAUGCUAGAACGAUCCCAAAUGGAUUCCAUGAAUUAUCCCAACCCCCAGAAACAGUGGAGACACUAAUUCAGAAUGAAAGCAAGACCAUAGUGUGCCUCGUCUGCCAUUUGAUCUUCAUUCCCACUCAGAAUCAUCCAUCAAUGGCUGUUUCAAGUGUCCAUGAAGCCUCAACAUCUAUUCUUCAAUGCACUUAUCAGGUAUUCUUGAGUUUUAGAGGCGAAGACACACGCAAAAGCUUCACGGACCACCUUUACAUGGCUCUGGUGCGAACUGGGAUUCACACGUUUAGAGACGAUGAGGAGAUCGAGAGAGGGAAGAAUAUCGAUGACGAAAUUGAAAAGGCGAUACUGCACAAGUCCAAAAUCUCUGUCAUCGUCUUCUCGAAGAACUAUGCUUCAUCCACAUGGUGCCUUAAGGAAUUGGUGAAGAUAGUAGAGCACAUGAAAUCAUCUGAGCAUAUUGUUUUUCCAGUUUUCUAUGAUGUAGACCCAAGCCAAGUGAAGAAGCAGACUGGAAGUUAUGGAGAAGCGUUUGCCAGACAUGAAGAGAGCUUCAGAUCCCAAAUGAAUAUGGUGCACCAAUGGAGGGAUGCUUUGAAACAAGUCGCGGAUUUGGCAGGCAUGGUUCUACGAGAUAGGCAUGAAUCACAAUUCAUCCAAGAUAUUGUGAAUCAAGUUCGAAACAAACUUCAUCCCACGGCUUUGUAUGUGCCUCCAUAUUUAGUUGGGAUAGAUUCUCUUAUCACACGCAUCAAUUGGUGGUUGAAACAAGAAGAUCAAACCAAAGUCGGCAUUGCAACAAUCUGUGGAAUCGGAGGCAUUGGGAAGACAACCAUUGCCAAAGUUGUUUACAAUCAAAACAUCCACAUGUUCGAAGGCUACACUUUUCUGGCUAAUGUUCGAGAAACAAGCCGAGACUCCAAUGGCUUAAUCCGUUUGCAAAGACAACUCAUUUCGGAUGUCCUUAAAGGGAAAGCACACAAAAUAUACAACACAGAUAAUGGGAUCAACAGGAUCAAAGAAGCUGUAUGUUGCAGAAGAGUUCUUCUUGUUCUUGAUGAUGUUGAAGAUUUGGAGAUGAUGAGGAAGUUAAUAGGAACCCAGAUUUCUUUUCAUCCUGGAAGUAAAAUCAUCAUAACCAGCAGGCACAGGUGUUUACUGAAUGCUCAUUUUAUUAGCGAAAUGUUUUGUGUGGAAGCAUCAAGCAGGCUGUUUGAAGUAAAAGAACUGAAUUUCAAUGAAUCGCUUCAACUUUUCCAUUGGUAUGCCUUUGGUUGCAACUCCAUGCCUGAAAGUUUCGUGGAGUGUGCAGCAAGUUUAGUUAAACAAUGUGGUGGACUUCCAUUAAUUCUUCAAGUCUUGGGUUCUUCUCUUUCCAGCAAAAGUAUGAGUGUUUGGAAAAGUGCAUUGGAGAAACUAGAAGCGAUUCCCAGUAGCAAAGUUCAUAAGAUUCUGAGAAUAAGCUAUGAUUCUUUGGAAGAUGAUCAUGACAAGAAUUUAUUCCUUGACAUAGCUUGUUUAUUCAUAGGGAAGGAUAGAGAUUACACAACUAUAAUUCUUGAUGGUUGUGAUUUCUAUACGAGGAUCGGGAUUGAGAAUCUAUUAGGCAGGUCGCUGCUAACGAUUAAUGAAAAAAACCAGCUUACGAUGCAUCAAAUGAUCAGAGACAUGGGACGGGAAAUUAUUCGACAAGAGUCGCCUGAUAUCGGAGAACGAAGCAGGUUGUGGCAUAAGGAUGCGUUCAAUGUAAUAAGAGAAAAGACUGGUUCAAAAACAAUCAAGUGCCUUGCCCUGGACCUACAAGGAUUGCUAGAAAACAAUGUUGAUAUGGAAACUCAAGCCUUUAUGAAGAUGCAAAGACUGAGGCUACUUCAACUGGAUCAUGUAAAACUCAAAGGGGAUUUCAAAGACUUCCCCAAAAGAUUAAUAUGGUUGCGUUGGCAUGGAUUUACUAUGCAACUUUUUCCUGCAGAUUUCGAUAUCAGAAGACUCGUUGUUCUCGACAUGCGCUACAAUAAUCUUAAAAAAGUUUGGAAGGACAAAGAGUGUGUCCCAAAUUUAAAGAUCCUUAAUCUCAGUCAUUCACACAGCCUUCUCAAAACCCCCAACUUUUCAGGGCUCCCUAGUCUUGAGAAGUUGAUGCUCAAAGACUGCAUAAAAUUGGUGGAAGUUGAUCAAUCCAUUGGUGAGCUAAAGAUGCUUACUUUCUUGACCCUUAAAGAUUGCAAAAGUCUAAGGAAACUUCCAAGGACAAUUGGUUCAUUAACAUCACUUGAAGAGCUCAUUUUAUCUGGUUGUUCAUCCCUCGAUAAUGUUCCUACAGAGUUGCAUGAUAUGAAAUCAUUGAAGGUGCUUAGUUUAGAUGAAACUUCUAUAUAUCAAACAAGAUUUUGGUUGCCUUACCUCUUAUUGAAAAGAAGCAAAGAAUCAGGUUUCUCUUGGGCAUCUCUGCCCUGCUCUUUGGUAAAGUUAAGUCUGGAAAGUUGCAGAUUAUCUGAUGAUGCCAUGCCUAAUGAUCUCUGUAACUUAGCUUCCUUGAAGUAUUUGAAUUUAAGUAGAAACUCAAUUCAUUGCCUGCCUGAGAGCAUAAAACACCUUACGAAACUCGAUGAACUUAUACUGAACUGUUGCACUGAACUCCAAGUGAUUCCGAAGCUUCGAAUCUUUUCGAAUUCUAAAGAGGCUUUUAUGACAUUAUCUCCCUUCAAUCUGUCAAUUAUUCCAUCCUUCUUUUUUCCUUCCAAACAAUGUGGGAUUUUUGGAUGUGAGAAAUUGACAGAGGUUCAAGAGAUAUUCAAGGUGGAACCGAUUGAAAACUUUGAAGCAGAAGAGAUCAAAAGGCUAUUCAAUGUGGAUUCCAUCAACAACAACCGAGUGCAGCUUUAUAAUUUUGUGAUCGACAGAAUGAGGCUUGUCACCCCACAGGUGUUGCAGGAAUGCGGUAUAACCAGCACAUUCGUUAUAGGAAGUGAAGUUCCUGUUCGAUUUAAGCAUUGCAGCAAUGAGCAGCAAAUCUCAUUUUCUUUACCAAUGUCAUCUAAUCCGAACCAGAAGAUUCAGUGGUUCAGCUUAUGCAUCGUCUUCUCCAUCACCAGUCGACCAUCGGACAUUCUACCAAGUGUGUGCAUUUCUAAUGAGACCAAAAAGAUCACAUGGAAUUACCGCUCGAGUUUCAUCGGAGUUCCUAAGAAUAAUGACAACACAAUGUUGUGGUUAAUCCAUUGGCCGACAAGGAAUUUUCAGUUAGAAGGUGGUGAUCUUGUGAGUUGCACGGUAGCAUCUAUUCAUCUCGGCGUAAGAAAACUCGGUGUUACUUACGAAUCAGAAGAGAAACUUACAUAUCAACAUGACUUUACACACUCAUUUUCAGGAGAUGACUGCGCCACAAGAAACAGCAAGAUGGACUUAACAAAGGAUUUACUCAGUUUGGACUCAAUUGAAAAUGUCAAAGUGCAAGUCUGCAAUUAUUUAGAAGAAUCAACAGUGAUCACUUCCCCACAGGUACUGUAUGAUUGUGGCAUAAUUACAACGUUUCACCCGAUGCCAUUCGACCACUAUGGCCGUUACUUCGGCCAUCAUUCCGGCAAGGCUGAGGUCUCAAUGUCGGUGACUCCAUUCCGGAACUCGAGUCGUAAAACCAGCUGCUUGCUGAAUUCGAUCAUCGUUCUUUCUGCCAACAAUGACAAAACAUCUGAAUUUUUACCAUGCCUUGAAGUUGUGAACCAGACCAAAGGUACAAAGUGGACACAUUCUAAACAUUUCACGGGAAUCCCAGAAACCAACAACACCUUAUACUGGGUGAUUAGCUGGAAUUUUAAAGGUGAUGAACUAGAAGUAGGUGAUCAUAUCAGUCUUCGAGUGCUUUCGGAUUUAUGCGUGCUGGAACUCGGUGUGGAGCUUGUAUAUGAUUAUGAGCUUGAUCACAGAACCAGCUCUUUUCACUUGUUGCCAGGGAUGAGUAAAUUAUGUAAUUAUCUGCUUGGCACUUGUAUUUAUAUUUUGGCUGCAACUUAUAGAAGCUCGUAUAGGAUGCAAACUUUACUCAAAUGUUGA